AUGAGUGGAAGUUCUUCAACACGUGAGAAUAUGGCUGCUCCUAUAUGCAAUUGUGAAGAAAAGUGUGUCAUAUUCAUAUCAAAGACACCUAAGAAUCCUAACAGACGUUUCUUUGGGUGUCCAUAUUUUAAUUUUCAGGAAAAUAUGUUAUAUUGUGACUAUUUCAUGUGGGAGGAUGACUUCAUUGCAUACCAAACUACAAUGGUUGAGUUGGAGCAAACCAACAAGGAGAGAGAUGUGAUAAACAGUGACAUGGGAGUUAAAGUUAAUCAAUUUGAAAGUGAUAUGGAACACAAAAUUAAUGUGUUAGAGAGGGAUAUUGAAGUCAUGAAAUUUCAGAGUGAAUCACAAAUGAAGAGAAGGAAUUGGAAAAAGUACGUUGGAAUAGUAGUGCUUUUGGUUGUUGCUUUGGUUAUAGUUUUUUGUAUUUGGAAGCAUACAAAAUUGUUUAAGUAA